AGAAUGACGUUUCUUCCCGCCUCUUCCCGGUCCCCAGAGCUGCCAGUACUUGACGUGGCGUCGCCGCCCUCUACCCUUACUUUGCGUACGUGUUUGCGUGCGGCGGAGGUGGCGGCGCGGGCAGGUCGGAGCUCCGCGCUGGUGCUUGUGCGAGGGCUGGUGCUGCUGCCGUGGCCGCCGUCGCUCUGCGGCUUGGCGAGCUGCUGAGCCGAGGAGGCGCCGGCCGCAGCACCUCGGCAGCCGACGCGGCUCGGCGCGGGGCCCGGCGGGAGGGUGGGCGCCGCGCGCGGGCGGGCGUGAGCGCAGGAGGCGGGGGCGGCGGGGCGGCCGCAGGCCGGGGCCGGCCCGGGGAUGUCUGUGCCUGACGCGAUGCCGCUGCCCGGGGUCGGGGAGGAGCUGAAGCAGGCCAAGGAGAUCGAGGACGCCGAGAAGUACUCCUUCAUGGCCACCGUCACCAAGGCGCCCAAGAAGCAAAUCCAGUUUGCUGAUGACAUGCAGGAGUUCACCAAGUUCCCUACCAAGACUGGCCGAAGGUCUCUAUCUCGCUCCAUCUCACAGUCCUCCACUGACAGCUACAGUUCAGCUGCAUCCUACACAGACAGCUCUGACGAUGAGGUUUCCCCUCGGGAGAAACAGCAGACCAACUCGAAGGGCAGCAGCAACUUCUGUGUGAAGAACAUCAAGCAGGCGGAAUUCGGACGCCGAGAGAUUGAGAUUGCAGAGCAAGACAUGUCUGCUCUGAUUUCACUCAGGAAACGUGCUCAGGGGGAGAAGCCCUUGGCUGGUGCUAAAAUAGUGGGCUGUACGCACAUCACGGCCCAGACAGCGGUGUUGAUUGAGACGCUCUGUGCCUUGGGGGCCCAGUGCCGCUGGUCUGCUUGCAACAUCUACUCAACUCAGAACGAAGUAGCUGCGGCCCUGGCAGAGGCUGGAGUCGCAGUGUUUGCCUGGAAGGGCGAGUCAGAAGAUGACUUCUGGUGGUGUAUUGACCGCUGCGUGAACAUGGAUGGGUGGCAGGCCAACAUGAUCCUGGAUGAUGGGGGAGACUUAACCCACUGGGUUUAUAAGAAGUAUCCAAACGUGUUUAAGAAGAUCCGAGGCAUUGUGGAAGAGAGCGUGACUGGUGUUCACAGGCUGUAUCAGCUCUCCAAAGCUGGGAAGCUCUGUGUUCCAGCCAUGAAUGUCAACGAUUCUGUUACCAAACAGAAGUUUGAUAACUUGUACUGCUGCCGAGAAUCCAUUCUGGAUGGCCUGAAGAGGACCACAGAUGUGAUGUUUGGUGGGAAACAAGUGGUGGUGUGUGGCUAUGGUGAGGUGGGGAAGGGUUGCUGUGCCGCUCUCAAGGCCCUUGGAGCGAUCGUCUACAUCACGGAAAUCGACCCCAUCUGUGCCCUGCAGGCCUGCAUGGAUGGGUUCAGGGUGGUGAAGCUAAAUGAAGUCAUCCGACAAGUUGACGUUGUAAUAACUUGUACAGGAAAUAAGAAUGUGGUAACACGGGAGCACCUGGAUCGCAUGAAAAACAGUUGCAUCGUCUGCAAUAUGGGCCACUCCAACACUGAAAUAGAUGUGACCAGCCUCCGCACUCCUGAGCUGACAUGGGAGCGAGUGCGUUCCCAGGUAGACCAUGUCAUCUGGCCAGAUGGCAAGCGCGUCGUCCUCCUGGCAGAGGGUCGUCUACUCAAUUUGAGCUGCUCCACAGUUCCCACCUUUGUUCUGUCCAUCACAGCUACAACACAGGCUUUGGCGCUGAUAGAACUCUAUAAUGCACCCGAGGGCCGAUACAAACAGGAUGUAUACCUGCUUCCUAAGAAAAUGGAUGAGUAUGUUGCCAGCUUGCACCUGCCAUCAUUUGAUGCCCACUUGACAGAGCUGACAGAUGACCAAGCAAAAUAUCUGGGACUCAACAAAAACGGGCCAUUCAAACCCAACUACUACAGAUACUAAUGGACCAUAUUACCAACAACCUGUCCACAUGAACCAUACAACUUUCUGAAAGAAAUAUUUUUUAAGAUAACUCAUUUUAUUCUUAUUCCUUUCCUCUCGAUUUUUUUUUUCUAUAACUUCAUCCUUUGUUUUUUCAUCUCAUCAUCCAAGUUCUGCAGACCGCACAGGAACUUGCUUCAUGGCUCUUUAGAUGAAACUGGGGUUCAGGGUUCCUCACCCUAGUUACUCGAGAAAGAUUUUACUCUCCCAUUCUCAGAAGGGUGGUCCUUCCUUGACCACUUCUGGGGACGUCAGUCUUAAUUAGGUACCUUAUUAACAGGAAAUACUAAGGUACUUUGUAUGUGGAACAAUCUGCAAUGUCUAAAUUGCCUUAAAAGAGCCCGUUUCUUAGCUGCUGAAAUCAGUGCUCUUUCACUUCCUCAAAGGAGCAGGGAUGGCACCUACCAGCCAGGUAGGUUAGAUGUAGAUGGUGCAUGUUCAUUUCCCUUUAGAAGUCCCAAGCCUCAUUUCCUGUGAAAAGGCAGUAUGUCUGGUUCCAAGAUAUGUUACUAGUGAGUGUUGCUUGUCGAGAUCCAGUAAGCACACCGGGAUUUAUAGUGUAACCAUUCCGUCACUCCUACCACUUUCUCAUUUACUAGUUCUUAACUAGAGUGCAUCCUGUUAAGUUAAAUUUUGUCCCCUAGCAUUUAUUUGUGUUAUAUUAAAAAUAAUGAUAAUAAUAAGGAAAAUUCUUAGUGUUAGUACUGAGAAACUACUUGGGUGGUUAGUUGUUACCAAUUUCUGUUUUGAAUCUUUGGAGACAAGAGUGCAGAGUUGAGUCUAGAAAAAUGCUAGUCUCAAACUUGAAGUCCCUCUGUUCCUAGCCCAUAGUGCAUAGCAUCAGUGAACUGGAGCCAUAACAGCAACUUCUCUCAGCUUUGCCCCGUACAGCUUAUGCUGAAAGCAAAUUUCUUGAGCCAUUACUCAAUAUAAAGCACUGAGCUUUAUCUUUAGGAUUUAUCCUUUUAAGAGCAAAUUUCUGGUCCGUUGUGCUUCUGUAACCUAAAAUUAUUUUAAGGGAGGUAGGUGUGGAUGAAAAAAAUGAUAGACUGGGUCAAGGUAAGAGAACUCUAGCUCUGUGUAAUUUGGGACUGUAAACCAUGUAUAGUGUGAGCUUUAUAGAAAUGGUACCAUUUUUGGUCAACUCACACGAUAAAAAGUGUGGAAAACAAAGACAGUCACAGAAUCUCCUGGCUCAUGUUCCGGAAGAGUCUUCAGUAGCGCUCUCCAAUAUAAGAGAGCCGUGUUCCCGUGCCAUGCGCCCUGCUUACCAGCAUUUCUGCAUGGUCCAGUGAGCUUUAAGUAUAUAGCAUUAUCUGGGAUUUAAAUCCUCAACGUGUUCUAGCUUGUGAUCCUUCCAAGCUGGGUCAUAUAUUAGUGCUAGACAGUAGAAAUUUCACUUCUCUUUCCAUUGAUCAGAAAACCAGACAUUAAAAACAGGACUAUGUGAAAGAAAAGCCAGCCCUGCCACUUGACAGCAGGGGAAAGUUAUCUUGCCAAAAUAUUUUUCCCUUCCUUUUCCCAUUUCUCCCCCUCCAGUCCCUUCUCAAUCCUGGCUGAUGUGACCAUGCUUUUCUCUCUAUUGAUGUGAACAUUAAAAUGCUUUUUCUUAGGGUACUUAACCAGCCAAUCAGAAUACACAUUCAAUAGGGAAGGUAACUUGGCCGACAGUGUAGCCAUCACAUCAGUUUUGCUGGAACAAGGGGGCCCAGUGCCACCUGUCCUCUGGCCUGCCCCCAGCCCCCUGUCUACUACCCUGUCCUUAGGAAUAGUAGGUAAGGGCUCCAUCUCCAUCUCUGUCAGGCCGUGUAACAAAGAACACUGUGGAAAAUGUCUGGCAUCAGAGGGAGCGUGUGGAGAGCAACUUGGGAGGAACAAGUUCAUUUUAUAUCAAAUGAUUUUUAAUGAAUGCAAUAUUAAUCCUUGCAGAUGAGCAAUAAUCAUUAAAGUCAAUUAAAAUGAUGAAACCUUA